GUAUAUAUAGUCUCAACUCUCAAGGUAAAGCUCUCAAGUCACCUUCCAUUCUCUCUAAAGCAAUGGAAAAUGAUCUGAAGGAACUACAACUCCUCCCUAUACCAUGCACCACACCCUCCUAUUCACGUACCUCACCAUGGUCAUCUGACCUCAUGACUUUCCAAUCAAACAACCUCGAAUAUCCUUUGGAUGGCGAUUUAGGUCUUUCCCUGGACCUUCAGCUCUCCACCAGUCUCCGUCCAAUCAAGCCAUCGCUUGGGACGGAGACCAGGAAGUGGAGAGGGACAGACCAAAUUCGAAUAGCGGCAAUGGAGAGCGCAUACGCCAAGCGCGUGAUGGAGAUGACACAGCGUGAAAUGGAGAUGGCACAAUCAGAAUUUGCGCGUGCAAGACACAUAUGGGAGAGGGUGCGUGAGGAGGUGGAGAGAGUGGAGAAGAUGAAGGAAAGAGCAACACGCCGUGUCGAAUCGUGUAUGGAAAUCACUUGUCAAGCAUGUAGAAGAAAAUUUAGACGUUAUUAAUCUUAAUGAUAUUUAGCUAAUUUUAUAUUUAUUUGUGGCAA